UCCGAAACUUUCCCCAAUCCUCAAACCUCAGCUAGCUCACGAACACGAAAAUCAUCGGCGACAGAGGAGAUUUUGGAUCGGUGCGGCGGUGCGGCUGAGCAAGGGCAGCGGCUGGGUUGAGGUACGGCUCCGAUCCACGCCCCUUCCUCCCCGGUCUCCUCCCUCCCUCCCUCAUUUGUUUCCCGGCGGCGCGUGCGGAUAGCGGGGAGCUCAAGCUGCGCGGAACGCGGAGUUCUCCGGCGGCGGGGCACGCAUCUUCCCGUAACGGGGAGCGCCACUCCUAUUCCGUCGAGCGUGGCGGGGAUCACAUCUUGCUCUGCUCUGCUCUCUGCUCUCUGCUCUCUCUCUGCUCUCUGCUGUCUGCUCUCUGCUCUCUGCUCUCUCUCUGCUCUCUCUCUCUCUCUCUCUCAGUAUGUGGCCUAACUUCCGUCUCUGACGAUUUUCCUGCAGCUAGCACGGAGAAGCAACAAUGCUGGUGGCACCGAGCCGGCGAGGAGAAGCAGCAGCGCACUCUUCGUCUGCGGUGGACAACAUCGCCCCCAGCGGCGGGUCUUCGCCUGCUGCGUCGGCCAUCGUCGCGCCGGCUGUGUCCGGGUCGCACGUCGUCAAGAUAGACGGCUACUCCCGCAUCAAGGGGCUUGGCAACGGCAAAUGCAUCGCGUCGGAGUCUUUCACCAUCGGAGGCCAUCGAUGGUGUAUGCACUUCUACCCAGACGGCGAUCGGACUGAAGACGCAGAUUGGAUAUCCAUUUUUCUGUGCCAUACAGAUCGAACUGAUGCUAGUGAAGUCAAAGCAGAGUUCAAGAUCAGUUUGCUUGACCAGGACAGGCAACCAGUGGCAUUGCACGGCAGAUGCAUACACACCUUCUCCAGCAAAGAUUAUACGUGCGGCUUCCGUUGGUUCAUCAAAAGAAAGGACUUGGAGGAAUCCACUUACCUUAAGGAUGAUGUUUUCAGCAUCAGGUUCGAUGUCACCGUCUCAAAGGAGAUCUUCACCGAGCUAAUCCUGCCGCAUGUGGUCGUGCCACCGUCCAACAUGCACCAGCAUCUUGGACAACUGCUCCUGGCCGGCGAGGCGGCCGAUGUUACCUUCGAGGUCGGAGGCGAGACAUUUGCCGCGCACAGGUGCAUACUCGCAGCUCGUUCGUCGGUCUUCAAGGCGGAGCUCCUCGGCCCCAUGAAGGAGAAGACCGCAACUCGCGUUCUGAUCGACGACAUGGAAGCCAUGGUGUUCAAGGCUUUGCUCCACUUCAUCUACACCGAUUCGCUGCCCGCGAUCGGCGAGGGCGACACGGCGGCCAUUGCUCAGCAUUUAUUACUGCUAACACGGGUAGCGGCUGACAGGUAUGAUAUGGAAAGGCUGAAGCUGAUCUGCGAGGCGAAGCUGUGCGAUCACAUCUGCAAAAGCACGGUGGUGACUACGCUGGCGUUGGCGGAGCAGCAUGGCUGUGGUGCUCUUAAGAAGGCAUGCUUGAAGUUUCUGACGUCUGAAGGUAACCUCAAGGCAGUGAUGGCAUCUGAUGGAUAUGAGCACCUGAGCAGCAGUUGCCCAUCUGUUCUCUAUGAACUGGUCGCCAAGCUUGCUCCUUGAUCUCUAUUGAGUCUAAAACUCACAAGAUCUGGAUAUUUAUUCUGCUAUUUAUAUUUUUAGAAGUGAUGGUAAUCCCACUACUGGUAGUCUGUUAAAGACAGUAAAGUCUAUGUGAAAACCAAUGCUGCUUGCAUUUGCUGCAUCUG